CUGUUUCACUCUCUUCAGCAGACUACGCGCGCAAUCGACUCGCCGAGACGCUGCGAGAGGGAGAGGAGAGACGAUGAACUCUACUACACUCUCGUCUUUAUCUUCUUGCCUUUCUUCAACUCCUCAAUUCUUUCCAAACCAACGAAAGAUGCACGUUAAAGCGAGUCACGAAACUGAGAACUCGAUUUCAGGCGACAGAAAAGAGUCAUCAAAACCAUCCAAGGAAAUUCAAGUAACAAUCUCCAGGCGACAUUGUCUUACUUGUUUGUGUUCAACUGUACCUUUGAUAAGUGAUUUUGGAAGAUCUACUUCUGCAACAAAUGCAAUUGCUUUGGAUGGCAAGGAAAGACCUGUUUGUAGGAAUUGUGGGGGAACUGGUGCUGUGAUAUGUGAUAUGUGUGGUGGUACAGGAAAAUGGAAAGCUCUAAACAGGAAGAGAGCGAAAGAUGUUUAUGAGUUUACAGAAUGUCCAAAUUGUUACGGUCGAGGAAAACUCGUCUGUCCUGUUUGUUUGGGAACUGGCUUGCCAAACAAUAAAGGUCUCCUAAGGAGGCCCGAUGCAAGGAAGCUGCUUGAUAAAAUGUAUAAUGGAAGGCUACUCCCAAACUCAUAAGACACGUCCUCUUUGUUCUUGUAACGCUGCAGACUAUAGUGGGAUAAUUCUACUGCAACAUAUCUCUGCCUCCACUUGGGAACAUCUCUGGCAUGUUGUCCAUUUAGUUGAACAGAGCCAGUGGCAGACAUAGCAAACAGAAGAUUUGUUUUGUCUUGUAUUUUUGGAGUAGAAGUAAUACAGAAUAGCAAUAACAAUUAGUUUUACUUAAUGGCUUUCCAGAUACUGUAACCAAAGUGAGCAUUCCUAUGCGGGAUUCAUGCUUUUGAGAAUGUAAUGUAUGCCUCGCAAACAGUGAGUAAA